GUUUGGUGUUCAAUGAUCCAUCAGAUCUGGAUCUCCUGGAAGAUCCUGGAGGGAUCUCCAGGCUGAAGCUCAGAUGGACGCCAUGUUUCAUCCUGAAACUGAGACGUUUCUGUGGAAACAGAGAAGAGAGGAUGGAGAUCUGUGAGAGAGGGAGGGGUGACAGCGAUCUGAUGACCCGCAGCCCCCCCUCCCUCACUGAGCGGUUUGAUGCUCCCUGGAGCUCCGUAACCUAAUGCGAUGAGGGAGGUGUGGCGUCACCUGACCCCCCCAGCGAGCGGCGGCACUGCUCAGGUGUCGCUCAGUGGAGACACGGAGGAGGAGGAAGAAACACGCAGGAAGGAGGACGAUGGCAGGAUGACGGAGAACUUUGAGGACGUCGAUGCUGCUCCAGACCUCUCAGAGCCUCCUCCUGAAGAACCGGAGCCUGAAGCCCCCCAGCACCCAGAGAGCUCGCAGAUCGAACUGGUGUCUGUGACGGAGGAGGACCUGCCUGCAGUCGAGACCCCCACCACCCUAAACGUCAGCCCUCUGGACGGUUCUGCUGCCGAUCUACAGGAGGACACAGAUCCACCAGAACCAGAAGAACCGCAACCGGCAGCUGCAUCUGCCCACAGCAUGCCGGUCACCAAGGUGCAGCCCUUCCUCCCUGACACUGAUCUGGAGAAGAGCUGGAGGAGCCGCCUGGUCCCCCAUCGUCUGGAGCUGCUGGUGGCCGCCUCCCUCCUGUUGGCCGUGGCGUUCUUUUUCAGCGUGGGUCUUGGAGUGGGGCUGAGCUGCGUGGGUCGGUUCCGCUGUGGUUCUUCACAGAAGUGCGUCGCCUCCUCGGCCCGCUGUGACGGGGUGGUGGACUGUCCCAACCAGGAGGACGAGCUGGGCUGUGUGCGGCUGAGCGGCAGGAGAUCGGUCCUGCAGGUCCAGAGACGAGGAGAGUGGAGGACUGUCUGUGCAGACAACUGGAACAACUCGCUGGGACUCUCCGCAUGCAAGCAGCUGGGAUACACCAGGUACGUGGAGUCCUUCUUCGUCCCUCAGACCUCCAUCGAGGACGACCUGCAGAGCAGCCUGGUGUCCUUGGACAGGAUGCAGUCUGAUGUCAUCAAGCUUCAGAGCGCCGCCACCUUCAGUAAAAGUCAGUGCAGCUCCGGGAUGGUGACCACGCUCAAGUGUCUGGAGUGCGGCUCCAGGCCUCGGUACCAAACCCGGAUUGUUGGGGGGAACCUGUCGGCGCCAGGUCAGUUCCCCUGGCAGGCCAGUCUCCACUUCAGGGGGGAGCACAUGUGCGGGGGCUCGGUCAUCUCCCCGCUGUGGAUCGUCACGGCGGCCCACUGUGUGUAUGGGUUCAACAACUCCUCCAUGUGGAGGGUCUACGUCGGGCUGACGGAGCAGCAGAUCCACGCCGCCCAGUCUCUGGCUGUGAGGAACAUUGUUUACCACGCCCGGUACCGGACCAAAGGGCUGGACUACGACGUGGCUCUGAUGAGACUGGACCAGCCUCUAACGUUUAACGGCCUGGUGGAGCCCAUCUGCCUCCCCAACCAUGGGGAGGACUUCCAGGAGGACACCAUGUGCUGGAUCUCUGGCUGGGGGGCAACAGAGGAGGACGGAGAAAGCAGCAUCGUUCUGCGCUCUGCAGCGGUCCCGCUCAUCUCCACCAAAACCUGCAACCAACCGGAGGUUUACAAAGGCCUGAUCUCAUCCUGGAUGAUCUGUGCAGGAUACCUGGAGGCGGGGGUGGACUCCUGUCAGGGCGACAGCGGCGGGCCGCUCGCCUGCGAGGAAUCAUCAGUGUGGAAACUGGUGGGGGCGACGAGCUGGGGGAUGGGCUGCGCGGCGAGGAACAAGCCCGGCGUUUACACGCGCAUCACCAUGGCGCUCAGCUGGAUCCGCAGACAGAUGGAGAGAGAAGAGGCUCAGAAGAUGAACAACUGACCCUCUGACCUCUCCACCCCGGCUACAUCCACAGAACCCGCCCCGCACAUCAGAACCUGGGACAGAACCGUGCAGUCCGGGUGGUCGCUACAGAGACUGAUCAGCAGAGUUAGGCAUCGUUUAUUCCAAAAUAGAAAGCUCUAAGGCAAACAGACAAAAAAGGUGAACAUCACUCGAUACAAAGCAACACAGAUCCAAAGUGGAGAGUAGGCGGAGCCUCCACCUGUGGGACAGAAUCACCGCCGUCCCCACGCCGGCCCGCUUUGAGCCAACAGAUCCAACACUUCACCACGAGUCUGCAGGGACGGGAUCUCCUGCAGUCCGAGUCCAGAAAUAAAAGCCGCUCCGGCGUUGUGGGCGUG